GGAAGAGGAGGCGGCGGCGGCGGCGGCUACGGCUGCUCCCGCGCGCUCUGGGGCCAAGCCUGCGGAGGAGCCGCCGCGGCCGGCCUGUCCCCGCCGUGGCGUCGUCCGCGUCGUACUCGCCGUGGUCCUCGGUCCCCCUGUCUCCCUUGGGCAGCCGGUUCCCAGGGGCGCCGCCGCCGCCUCCUCGGGGGCUGGUGCGGGCGAGAGCCGGCGGAGGCGAUGAUGAACAGGUUCCGAAAGUGGCUGUACAAACCCAAGAGGUCAGAUCCACAACUUCUUGCUCAGUUCUACUAUGCAGAUGAAGAGUUAAAUCAAGUAGCUGCUGAACUGGAUAGCUUGGAUGGAAGGAAAGAUCCACAGAGAUGCACGUUACUAGUCAACCAGUUUCGUUCAUGUCAGGAUAAUGUGUUAAACAUUAUAAAUCAGAUAAUGGAUGAAUGCAUUCCAAGUGAUCGAGCAAAUCGAGAUUUUUGUGUCAAGUUCCCAGAAGAGAUACGUCAUGACAAUCUGGCUGGCCAGCUUUGGUUUGGAGCAGAGUGCUUGUCUGCGGGUUCAAUUAUCAUGAAUCGUGAAAUAGAGAGCAUGGCUAUGAGGCCGCUAGCCAAGGAUCUGACACGUAGCUUGGAAGAACUUAGAAACCUCAUUCGGGACCAAGCCUUAAGAGAUUUAAACAUUUAUACUGAAAAAAUGAAAGAGUCUCUCAAACAUUUUGAUGUCCUGUUUGCUGAAUUUGAGUUGAGUUAUGUCUCAGCCAUGGUGCCAGUAAAGUCUCCAAAAGAAUAUUACGUACAACAGGAGGUAAUCGUGCUUUUUUGUGAAACAGUGGAGAGAGCUCUAAAGCUUGGAUACCUCACUCAAGACAUGAUUGAUGACUAUGAACCAGCAUUAAUGUUUACAAUUCCAAGAUUAGCCAUUGUAUGUGGGCUUGUAGUUUACUCUGAAGGACCUUUGAACCUGGACCGUAAGGCAGAAGAUAUGUCUGAGCUGUUUAGACCCUUCCACACUUUGCUAAGAAAAAUAAGAGACUUAUUGCAAACAUUAACUGAAGAAGAACUACACACACUUGAACGGAACCUUUGUAUAUCUCAAGAUAUGGAGUUCUCUGUCAGAACAGAUCCAGAAGCAUCCUCUGUCAUUGCACCCACUUUAGCUGCAACUUUCCCUGCUGAACAACUCUCUGUCACAGCAGAAAAUACAGAGGUUGAAUUAGCCUGCUCAAUGCAAUAUGAUGAACAGGAACUGGAACAACUCAAUCAGAUGGUUCACAGGGCAGGAGACGAAAUGUCUUCUCUCCUUUCUCCUCCCAGUGUUUGCCAGUCUCCAGCACAUAGAGCUGGUCUAAGAAACAACUCAAGUACAGAGGCCUCCCCAAGUAGGUCCAAUCUUGAACAUUUAAAUGAUGAAGAGGACAGAGUCUUUUUUAUGGAUGACCUUGAUGGAGGAGGAGAAUCCCUUGCUAGGGCAGAGUCAUCUAGUGAAACUUUGGUUUGGGUCAACAGCACUUGUCAGGAUCUGCCAAAGGAAAGGAACACUGUGAGUUUAGAGAAUGGGGAAGCAGGAGAUGGUUUAUGCACAAAAGAGAUGGAAAGUGAUUUGAGCAAUAACAAUAAUAUUGAAGAUAGCAAAAUGCAGAAAGCAGGGCUCUCUGCCCAGAAUUCUUGCAGUUGUCUAGAUACACAAUUAUACCUCAAUGGCUGGGAUAUGAAUGCUGAAGAUGCAGAAACAGCAGAAAUGAUAGCCCAUCGGACUGGUGGAAUGAAGAUAUCUGCUACUGUCAUAUUUAAUCCUAAAUCUCCUACUUCCUCUGAUUCGCCUGUAAAUACACCAGAAGUGUCAAGUAAUUGUGUUCCUGUACCCAACUCAAGAACUGAUGAAGAGGAAAAUGAAUCCCAUCAGCUUGGCAUUGCUGCCACAAACUGUCUCAUUAACUCUUGUGUGUGUUGUGGUAGCUGUGAGGACAACAGGGAAGAGAAUAUUGAAAGCUUAAAGACUAAGUGUGCUCCGGGAAAAGUUAUAAAAAAUGCCUCUUAUAGUCUAGUCAAGUCAAAAGAAAAGGAUCACAUAGAUAAGUCGGCUGAUUCAGCAUCCACUCCAGAGACACUAAAAACUGAAACUGUCCCUACAGAAAACUACUGUGACCAGCAAGAACCUAAACACUCUCUUUCCUCCAAGUGCCUGGCGCAGAACUCAGGUUCACAAGUGGGAAGUGAUGAUGGGUCACAAGUUGAAGAGGAUGUGUCAGGUCAACAGAAACAGCAUGAAAAAAGAAGACAGCUGAGUGAGAAGCAGUCAGAGACCAAAAAGCAAAGUAGAAGCAAAAGGACAGGCAAAGAAGGAGUAAAAGCAAGGCCUAGUUCCAGCAGCAUCAAGACAAGCUCCUGUUCAUCGGAUGGCCCCGACCAGGAGGAGAUCCAGCUGGCCUUACAGGCUGCGAAAAGGGCUACAAGGGAAAAGAUCAGAUCCAGGUUUCACAGCAGCAGUGACCUAAUCCACCGGCUUUUUGUCUGCAUAUCAGGUGUUGCUGAUCAACUACAAACAAAUUAUGCAAGUGAUUUACGAAGUAUUCUUAAAACCUUAUUUGAAGUUAUGGCAACUAAGCCAGACACAGAAGACGGGGAAAAGUUAAAGAAAGUAAAUCAGAAUUUAAGAAGCGCAGCUCUGGAAGACUGUGCCCUUUGCCAGGAAACAAUAUCUUCUUCUGAACUUGCAGCAAAAGCAAGAGAUGGAGAUUUUGAAGAUCCUCCUGAAUGGGUACCAGAUGAAGCCUGCAGCUACUGCACAGCGUGCAAAGCGCCUUUCACUGUCAUCCGGAGGAAGCACCACUGUAGGAGCUGUGGCAAGAUUUUCUGCUCCCGCUGCUCUUCCCAUUCUGCACCGUUACCUCGUUAUGGUCAGAUGAAACCUGUCCGUGUUUGCACUCAUUGUUACAUGUUCCAUGUCACGCCUUUUUACAGUGACAAAGCUGGUAUUUGACAUAUUAAACUAGUGAUCUAUUUAAUGGAGUCAUAUAUGGACUAAAAUUCUAUGUGACAUAAGCCAAGAAUUAACUGGAAAGAAGGACCUUGUCAGGAACAUGUAGGCUUUAAGCAUCCAUCAUAAUAUAUUUUCUACAGAUGGUUUUUAUUGCAUUUUCCUAAGCUGCUGAAGGGAACUAUGGGGAGCCCAUAGCGCUGGGGCUGCAAUAGUCUUCCAUAAAUUUCUAACAUUAACAUGAUGAUGCCAUAUGAUAGAGGAGAAACACGCUUCAUGACAAGAGAGGGGGUCCCUACUUAAGCUACCAAGGCUUGCAUUGCUGCCCAUCUCCCAAACUCAUCUGCAUCCUCCUUAGAGAAAACCAGUUCCAAACUGCUCACUGGCUUUCGGCAGACGUUUUCUUCCUAGCCUUUUUAGUAAAUAAACUCUGGCCAAACAUUACCAAAUUUACAUGGGAUAUUUACAAAGGCAAAGUUACCUUUGAAAACGAAAGAGGAAGCUCUUGAGUUUCUGGAGCUGUACGUUGCUAUUGCCUUUUGUUUGGGAAUCAUAGCAAUAACUCUGAAGCUCCUACUCUUUUAAUGUUACCUUGUUUUGCAUAGGGUGGACAUUUUUAAGGAUUCAUUACAGCUGACACCAUUUUUUCCACCUCUUGGUUAUUAAAAAGAGAGAGAGAGAAUUAAUAUGAGUUUUAUUUAUAUCACUGAUAACAAUAACACAAAAUAAAUGCUGAGGGCAUUGAUCAUUGGGGUGAAGGUUCGAUACAAAAUUAUUCUUUUAUUUUUGGAAGUUUUGCAAAACAAGGGCACUGUUAUAUGUGGGGCUGUUUAUGAAACCAAAAAUAUUUAAAAGACAGAUAUUAAGACUGUCCAUUUUUAUUCAAAAAGUUAUAAACAUUUAUUUAUACUUUAGGGAUAUAAAACCUGCAAUAUAUCAUUUAGGGCAUAAUUUUAUAAAUAAUUUCUUAGUCACUUUUUCUUCCAAUCAGAUGCAGGCCUGUCUUAGGAGAAUGUACUUAAACCAGUAAGAAAAUAACUUCUCAUCCAAAGGAGAAAAUACACAAAGGGAGUGAUUUUUUUCAUACAGCAAGAGGUUUAUUUUCCAAAGUAUCUGCCCUAAAUUUACCCACCGGUAGAGUGAAGAACUUGCUCUUACCAGACUCCAGAUUUUUGCUUUCUUCAACAUCCAUAUUCACACUCAGUAUUUCAUCACAGAAGACACGGAGAGCUGACAAGAAAACCAUGUGUUCUUUCCUUCAGAAAAGAAUCUUAUUGAACAAGGUAGACAAAACUGGUAUCCCUUUCAAACAGUUUUCUGCCCCAUGCAAACUGAACAGAUAAGAUUCCCAGGUUUUCUUGGUUUGCUCAGUUCUGCUGUCAUUUAUAUAACAUGAAAUCGCAUGGCAUCAGGCAUAAGAAAUGCACUAGAGUGCUCAGUACAGUGUUAGUCAUAUUAUCAUGUCUGCACGUGGAUUUUGUUUUGUUUCCUUUUUGUAAUUUCCCUCACCAAUUCCUAAAGAGGGGAUCUCAGUGAUGGCCCCAGUUUUUUUGGCUCAGCAUGAUGCAGGUCUCUCAUGCCAACAGGAAAACUGAGGAGUGUGGUACCAAACAUUGAUACCUAUUCAGGCUUCAAUCUCAGGCUUCACAUUGCAAUGAUUAUUGCAGUUUUAUUUUUGAGAAAUGACAAACCUAAUGCUUCUUUUAUAGGAUUAAUAAAUAAAUAAAAUUUAACUGUGACAUUAACAUGAACAAAAGUUGCUUCUUCUAUAAAAAAGUUUUAUUUAAUGGAGUGAAUCUUAUUUAUUCCAGCUUAUUUUUAUUCUGUA